AUGUCUUUUGAUUUCUUUUUUCUUACAGUUAUGAAUAUCGUUCGGUUAGUGCUGUAUCUCCUGGUCAAACUCUACAGAUGGACAUUGCUGCCCGUUUCCGAUCUUGUUUUGGUAUGGCUCUACGAACGCGAUUCCAGGGUUGUGCCUUCUGUGGACAAUCCCCUCUUGCUGAAGAGUGCAACAACUCUGGCCAAGAUGAUCCGAAACCAUGAGGUAAAAAGUGAAGAAGUUGUGAAGGCAUUUAUUGAACGGACCAAGAUUGUGAAUCCCAUAGUGAAUGCUAUGUGCCAAAAUCGUUAUGAUUUAGCAUUGGAGGAAGCUCGGAAAGUAGAUGACCUGCUGUCCCAAUCUGAGAUUGCUGAUUCUUACUCUGCGAAAAAUGCACCAUUUCUUGGAGUGCCUCUUUCUGUCAAGGAAGCAUUUGCAUUGAAAGGUAUGCCAAAUUCUUCUGGAUUGAAGAGUCGCAGAAACCUAAUUGCAGAGGAAGAUGCAGAUGUUGUGCAUAACCUGCGCAAAGCUGGUGCCAUUCCAUACGUAGUGACCAAUAUUAGUGAGCUCUGCAUGUGGUAUGAAUCAGCAAACAAAGUCUAUGGACGAUCAAAGAACCCCUACCACACUGGCCGGAUUGUUGGAGGCAGUUCCGGUGGUGAGGGCUGCCUUCUUGGCGCUGGAAGUUCUGUGAUAGGAAUUGGUUCUGACAUUGGUGGUAGCAUUAGAAUGCCAUCCUUUUUCAAUGGAGUUUUUGGUCACCGCACUUCAAAAGGUAUUGUGAGUAAUGUGGGACAGUAUCCAUGUGCAUAUGGUCCAAGGGCAGAUUUCCUGUCUACAGGUCCCAUGUGUCGUUAUGCUGAGGAUCUAUUACCUAUGUUAGAGGUGAUGGCUGGUGAGAAUGCAUACAAAUUAGAACUUCACACACCGGUUGACCUGAAAACCUUAAAAAUCUUUUAUAUGUUGGAUGAUGGAGGAAGCCUUAUGGCCAGUCCAGUGAAAGAAGAUAUUAAAGAUGCCAUUUUGAAGGUGAAGGACUAUUUCAAGGACACUUAUCAAAUUGAAGUGAAACCUGUUAGUCUAUCAAAGUUGAAAUACAGCCUGGAGAUUUGGAUGGCUGGACUGUCUGCCGACCCAUCACCUGGCCAGGAAUUUUGCACCUACAUGUCGGAUGAUGGAAAUCAUUCCAUUAAUCCUGUCGUUGAACUUGUCAAAUGGUUGUUCUUCUUAUCAGACCACACUCUGCCAGCGAUUGCUCUUGGCGUCACUUUUCUUCUCUUCCCUCUUCUUCUUUUUCUCCUCCUCCUUCUUCUUCGUCUCCUUCCUUCUUCACAUCCUCCUCUUUCCUAA